AUGCUCGAACGUCGCCGGAACCGCGAGAUGACGAGCUACUUCGCCGCCGUCGGCAUCAACGUCGACGCAACCGGCCGCCUGCGCUCGUCGUCGUCCGCCCCGCACCCCACCCUGGCCGACGAUGCCGUGCUCAACGCCCUGACCCAGACGGGCGCGCUGCGCCUGCGCUGCGACCGCGCCUUCGUGUCGCUGAUCGGCCAGCAGUGGCAGUACAUCGUCGCCGAGGCCGCCGCCGAUCUGCCCUACCGCCGCUGCAACCUCAAGCCCGAGGACCGCAUGUGCAUGGGUUUCACCCAAGUCGCCAGCGACAUGGCCAUCUGCCUGAACACGCUCAAGUGCUUCACCGACGCCACGGGCUGCGCCGCCGUCGACGACGGCAACACCCACGCCGAUUCCACCCGCUACCGCAUCCGCGACCUGACCCGCGACCCCACCUUCUGCGACCGUCCCUACGUGACCGCAUGGCCCUUCUUCCGCGCAUACCUCGAGGUGCCGCUCAAGACGUCCGCCGGCCUCGUCAUUGGCUCCUACUGCGUCGUCGACUCGGCCCUGCGCGACGACUUCGGCGACAGCGCCAUGCCCGUCAUGACCGAGGUCGCCCAGAACAUCAUGGACCAUCUCGACCUGCUCAAGACGAAGCAGCAGUGCGAACGCGCCGAGCGCCUGGUCAGAGGCCUCAGCGUCUUCGUCGCCGGCUGCUCCAGUCUGCGCGAUGUCGCCCGACACGACGCCACCGAGCACCCCCCGCCAUACACGCUUCCCUCUGACGAAGCCCUGUUGAGCGCCGACACCAGCCAGCCGCCGUCCCACGAGCCGAGCCCCGCCUCGUCCCGGACCCGCCUCUCCUCCGUCGGCACUGACAUGUUCUCCAGCAUCGCCACGCCCAUGAGCUCCGUCACCGACGUCGAUCCGCUCGACCUGCAGGCCCAGCGGUCCGACCUCGACGGGAGCCCGCCCUUCUUCGACGACCUUGCCCCGCCGCAUGGCUCCAAACUGGCCUUUUCCCGCGCCGCCAACCUCAUCCGCGAGGCCACCUCCAUCGAGGGCAUCGUCUUUCUGGACGCCUGCCCCACCGGCUUUGGCGCCCUCCAGAGCGACCACGGCCGCACGAGACGCUCUUCCGCACAGGAGUCCAAGGACUGGGAGAACGGAGUCAUGUGCGACAUACUGGGAUCCUCGACCGGCUCGCGCACCGCCCCCAUCACCAAAAGCUUCAAGCUCCCCGAGGGGCUCCUGCAGCGCCUCAUCCACACCAACUCACGCGGCGGCCUGAUCUACGCCGACGAGAACGGCCCCAUCUCGCCCUGCAUGAGAGCCGCCGACGCCAACGGUAACCGCUCAGACGCCGCCCAGCGCCCAUCCACCGACGACGUCCGCCAGCUGCUCACCAUCCUGCCACAGGCCCGGUCCAUCAUGUUCCUCCCGCUGUGGGACUACCAGAAGGAGACGUGGUACGCCGCCGCCAUUGCCUGGACCACAGACACGGCCCACUCGUUCGAGGAGGGCGACAUGACGUACAUUUCGGCCUUCAGCAACUCCAUCAUGGCCGAGGUCGCCCGCCUUGACGCCCUCGUCACCAGCACCGCCAAGGGCGACUUCAUCUCGUCCAUCAGCCACGAGUUCCGCUCGCCACUGCACGGCAUCAUGGCCAGCACCGAGCUGCUCGACGACGUGCUGCAGGACCCGGACCAGAUGCAGCUCACCGCCAUGAUCCGCUCGUGCGCCUCCACCCUCAUCGACACCACGAACCACCUCCUCGACUUCGCCAAGAUCAACAAGCUGGUCAAGCACGACCAGGCCGCGCACCCCUCGUCGGUCCGCCCAGCCCUCGUCCGCAGUCCGCUCUCGUCCGACCAGGCCGUCCUGACCCAAGCCGCCCCCGGCGGCAUGACCAGUCUGUCGUCGACGGUCCAUCUCGCCCAGCUGGUCGAGGAAGUCGUCGAGGGCGCCUUCAUGGGGAACGCCUCGCAGGCAGCAUUGAAGCCGACCAACACCAACGCCCUCCGCCACCCGGCCACUGCCGAAGCCCCCGUCGUCGUCACCAUGGACAUUGAGCGCCGCGACGGCUGGAGCCUUCGCACCGAGCCCGGCGCCUGGAAACGCAUCGUCAUGAACAUCUUCGGCAACGCCCUCAAAUACACGGCGCGCGGCUCCAUCCACGUCUCCCUCAAGACCAUCUCGACGCCGCUGAACAACCUUUCCGCCCCGGGCUCGCACCGCACACACGUCUCCUUCAGCGUCUCCGACACCGGCUGCGGCAUGACCACCGACUACCUCAAGCGCCAGCUCUUCACCCCUUACUCUCAGGCCAACUCGCUGUCCACCGGCGUCGGGCUCGGCCUCAGCAUCGUGCAGCACCUCGUCCGAGAGCUGGACGGCGUCAUUGACGUGCAGAGCACGCCGAACGUCGGAACCGUCGUGAGGGUCACCCUGCCCAUAACGAACUUCGAAUCUGCUGCGCCAGAGGAAGAAGGACGGGAGGGCAUCGAUGCGGUUCGCGGCAAGGAAGUGGCUGUUGCCAUACUCGACCUCGGGUCUUCGUCUGAGGGCAGCACGGCAUUGCUACAGUCCCUCACCGCUAUGGCGAAGACUUGGCUUGACGUUGACGUGGUCUUGGCCGACGACCAGGAAAAGCGUGUUGGAAGUGAUGUGGGUCUUCCUCUGAUCGUGCUGUGCAAGUCUGCGCCGGAUUCGCGACAGAAGGAGAGCAAGUCAUUUAGGAAUGCGACCUUCUUGGUACAGCCGUUCGGGCCGAGGAAGUUGACGUGGACGGUCAAGAGGGCUUUUGCGAGGCACGAGGCAUCUGCGGCGGCGGCUCUGGCGAAGAGAGAGGAGGGUAUGAUGAAGGGUGAUGAGAGGGUGAUGAAGGGGGAGGAGAGGGUGAUAAAUGGGGAGGAGAGAGCGGUGGGAAGGGCAGGAGAAUCGAAAGGAGGGAUGAAGAGAGAAGAGAAGAGAGCAGAAGGAACAAGAGAAGGAAAAGAAGCCAGUACUUCAACAACGACCGCUAAAUUGCCCUACCGAACAACGGACCUUUCGAUACACGACGCCGCCUCCACCCCACCACCGGAAGCCCCCAUCUCCUCUUCGCCGGUCGUGGUCGUCCCGCGAGUCGACUCGAAAGCCGGCCUCUUCUUGCACACCACAGCACCACCACUGCCAUCACAAAGCCUCCACCCACCGCCGCCACCCGCACCCGCGUCCCCGCCUCGCAACCCCCACAUCCUCGCCGUCGACGACAACCCCGUCAACCUCAAAAUCUUGGCUACCCACCUCAAAAAAAUGCCCUGCACCUUUGCAACCGCCACAAACGGCCUCAGGGCCGUCCAACAAUUCUUCGCAGCACCCCCAGAACGUACUUUCGACGUCGUCUUCAUGGACAUCUCCAUGCCCGUCAUGAAUGGCUUCGAGGCGACGAGGGAGAUUAGGGCGAUUGAGAAGGGGAGGGCAGCUUCGAGGCUGGUGGAUGAGAGGGUGAAGAGAACGUUGAUCGUGGCACUGACGGGGCUGGGCGCGGAGAGUAGUCAGAAGGAAGCAUUUGCCAGUGGGGUCGAUGUGUACCUCAUGAAGCCGGUGCCCGGGAAGAAGUUGAAGGAGAUUGUCGUGGGUGUGGCGGGUGCGUAG